AUGCGCUCGUACAAUCAGCGUAUCGCGCCAUACCCGGCGCCGACGAUCAGUCUUCCGAACAUCGCCCGCGACGUCUCACGCUUGCAGCAGCGUGUCGAGCAACUCGAGCGUGCCCUGGGCAUUGGCGCACAGGCCGAUGACAGAAGCGCGACCUAUUCCGGGUCGGCUACGUCGUAUCAGUGGGUCCCCGACGCGGACGGUGUUCCUACCCCGCUUCCUUUGCCGAUGGGAACUUCUCCCGGGAGGGGGGAGGGUUACGGCGUCAACCCGUACGCCGCCAAGCCGUAUGCCCCAGUGGGGGACCCACAAGCACACCUGUCGAAGGCCGAGAUCGCGGCCAUCAAGAAGACCGUCGUCAUACCCAGCCUGGAGGGACUCGGUCAGGCCGCGUUGUCCCGCCCCUAA